UAGAAUUGAAAAUUUAUUCAAAAUUAUUUCAGCGGUCAUUAUGAAUAAAUCAGCACCUGAAAAGUCUGUAGGAAGUAGUGCCGCAACCGGAAUGUUGAGGUCUGGGUCACACCUUAAUAAACAUUUACCACAAGUCGUAUCUAGCACCACGUCAAAAAUGGUCAAAAGUGCAGCGGGUGCAUCAAAAGUAAUGCUCAUUCCUGCAAUAGCAUCCGAUGUUUAUAGUGUGUACGGUGCUGUGUCAACCGAUUACGAAAACUCGACAAGUCGUAACACUGUGGAGACAGUUGCCGGUGUUGCUGGUGGCUGGGGUGGAGCAGCGGGUGGAGGUUCUGCUGGUGCUCUUAUCGGUAGUGCUGUAUUACCGGGAGUUGGCACUGUAGCCGGUGGCCUUGCAGGUGCCAUUGUAGGCGGAAUUGGUGGACUCUACGGCGCUUCAGCAACAACGGAAUUAGUUUCUGAUAUGGCGGGUUAUGAUAUGGAAGAAAGGUGUUGCAAAAAAUGCGGAUACAAAUUUACAGUGCGUUUGUAUCAGUCUUCUGAUUCCAAACAAGUUUAUUGCCCUGAUUGUCGCUAAAAGUGCAUGGAAUUAAAUUACAUUCAAAACUUCAAUUAAAAAUUACUGCUACAAAUUUAAAACUCGCAAUAAUAUUGAAAUUUUUAUUAUGGAUAAUUUUAGAAUACACAUAUCUAUAUUAUAUGACAAA